AUGAAAUAUGCCCUUCCUUUCCCUCCAAAUAGAACUGAAAUGUUUUCAGAACACAAUAACAAUGUCCCUCAAAUCCAACAUUCUAAAAUUUCACAGGAGACUUGCUUUCUUUGGAGGGUUGAGCAGUUGAAGUCUGAAGGGCAACGGUUCUCGAAGGAGUAGUUAAAAAUGGCGGCGAACUCCGUGGAGGAGCUGAUGUAUUUACAUGGGGAUUUGGAGCUAGACGUCUUUGAGGCGCGUGGGUUGCCCAACAUGGACUUCGCCGCCGAGCGCCUCCGCCUCUGCUUUUCCUGCGGUACUUCUCACAACCCGGAAUCCGACACCGACAACGUCGGCGGAGCAAGACCGGCACCGGCGAGUGAGAAAACUCACCGCCGAGGAGUUAUAAAUACUGAUCCGUAUGUUACUGUCUCGGCGCCCCAAACCGCACUUGCGCGUACUCGGAUCAUCCCCAAUUCUCAGAAUCCGGAGUGGAAUGAGCAUUUUCACAUUCCGCUCGCUCAUCCGAUGCGGUUUUUGGAGUUUCGGGUCAAGGACGACGACUUAUUCGGAGCUCAAAUUAUAGGGAAAGUGGAAAUCCCGGCGAAGGAGAUCGCCACGGGCAAUACAAUCAUCCGUUGGUUUCCAUUGAAUUGUGCCACACGAAAGACUCCCGAACACGAAGCAGCUCUCCGUGUUGGGUUGAAAUUCACUCCGUUUGAGUCCAAUCCCCUGUACAAGAGUGGGGUUAAAGAUGAUCCUCAACAGUUAGGUGUGAGCCACACUUAUUUCCCUUUGAGAAAAGGAUGCGAGGUGAAGCUAUAUCAGGACGCUCAUGUUAGGGGUAAUGAUCUAAAACAGCCAGAUAUUGGAUUGGAAAGCGGGCUGGUUUAUGAGCGGGGUACUUGUUGGGAAGACAUUUGUCAUGCCAUUUCUGAGGCUCACCAUCUGGUGUACAUUGUGGGAUGGUCUGUUUACCACAAGAUUAAAUUGAUAAGAGAGCCUACAAGGGAGUUGCCUGCCGGAGGCGACUUGACUCUUGGUGAAUUGCUCAAGUACAAGUCCGAGGAAGGUGUCAGGGUUCUGUUAUUAGUUUGGGACGACAAGACUUCACACAACAAGCUCUUCAUCAAAACGGGAGGAGUGAUGGGAACCCACGAUGAGGACACCAGGAAGUUCUUCAAAAACUCAUCUGUGACCUGCGUUCUGUCACCUCGGUAUGCCAGUAACAAGCUUAGCUUUCUUAAGCAGCAAAUUGUUGGAACCGUGUUCACACACCACCAAAAGUGUGUGAUUGUGGAUACACAGGCUGGUGGUAAUAACAGAAAAAUUACAGCUUUCUUGGGCGGUCUUGAUCUGUGCGAUGGUCGCUAUGAUACACCCGAGCAUCGUUUGUCUCAUGAUCUUGGUACUGCUUUUGAAAAUGAUAUUCAUCAGCCUACAUUUCCGCAAGGGACUAAAGCUCCAAGGGAGCCAUGGCAUGACUUGCACUGUAGAAUUGAUGGGCCCGCUGCACAUGACGUGCUUAUAAACUUUGCUCAGCGCUGGAGAAGAGCCACCCGUUGGAGAGAAUUUGCUUGUCUGAAAAAGGGUAAAUCUGAAUGGAGUGAUGAUGCCAUGAUCAAAAUUGAACGGAUAUCAUGGAUACUCAGCCCAGCAGACUUUCUUUUGGAAAACCGUAGGACUUCCAUUCCAGGGGAUGAUCCUGAGCUCUAUGUGAUUCGGGAUCAAUUUAAACAAUGGCAUGCUCAGAUUUUUCGGUCCAUUGAUUCAGGAUCGGUGAAGGGGUUUCCUAUACAAACUGACCUUGCUGUGAAACAGAACCUUGUUUGCGGGAAAAAAUUGGUGGUAGACAAAAGCAUUGAGACAGCAUAUAUCCAGGCAAUAAGAUCAGCCCAGAAAUUCAUAUAUAUUGAAAAUCAGUAUUUUCUUGGGUCAUCAUAUGCUUGGCCAUCAUACAAAGAUGCAGGAGCUGAUCAUCUGAUUCCAAUGGAGUUGGCAUUGAAAGUUGUUAGUAAAAUUAGGGCAAAAGAGAGAUUUUCAGUAUAUAUUGUUGUGCCAAUGUGGCCUGAGGGAGACCCCAAGACAGCUACCGUGCAAGAAAUACUCUUUUGGCAGAACCAAACAGUGCAGAUGAUGUACCAAGUAAUUUCAAAAGAAAUUAAGGCCAUGCAACUAGAUGCACAUCCUUUGGACUACCUAAAUUUUUAUUGUCUUGGCACUCGGGAAAGCAUUCUUCCAAGUUUUGCUAGGCCAGCGACUGGCGAUAAAGAUAAAGUUUCAGACUCGCUCAAGUUUAUGCGGUUCAUGAUAUACGUGCAUGCUAAAGGAAUGAUAGUGGAUGAUGAGUAUGUCAUUUUGGGGUCUGCCAACAUAAACCAACGAUCCAUGGCUGGGUCCAAAGACACCGAGAUAGCUAUGGGUGCCUAUCAGCCAUAUCAUACUUGGGCAGCACGACAUCAUCAUCCAUGGGGACAGGUUUAUGGAUACAGAAUGUCAUUGUGGAAAGAACACCUUGGGAUGUUAGAGGAACUUUUUGAAGAACCAGAAAAGCUGGAGUGUGUGAAGAGAGUGAACGAGAUUGCUGGAGAUAACUGGAAAAAAUAUACAGAAGAAAGCUUCACCAUUCCCUUGCAGGGGCAUCUUCUGAAGUAUCCUGUCGAUGUGGAUAAGGAUGGGAAAGUAAGUUCACUACAUGGGUAUGAAGAAUUCCCAGAUGUGGGGGGAAAGUGAUCGGAACCGACAAUAUAUCCAUUCCUGAUGUCCUAACAACUUGAUGUAUAUAGUAGUUCACCUUCAUUUUUUGCAUUUCCAGUGGCAUUGUAAAGGGCCGUGUAUAUUACUGUUCAAUUCCUAGUUCAUAAAUUACUUCUAUUAGCUUGUUCUAGAAAAAUCAUUUGUUAGUUGUACAUACAUUUUAUGUCAAAAAAUAAAAAAAUAAAAUAUUUCAAUCAAUAUAAG